GUGUUCGAGAAACUCUUUCACUGGCUGUUAACGGCGGUGAGCUGGAGGCAUGAAAUGGCUGUUCGUAAGCUGUAAUCACAAGAACACUUCCUUUGCCCUGUAAGACUAUCAUACACAGCAGUAGUAAAUGCGCCCAUUGUUUUCGAACUCAAUACAUUUGUCAGACAUCGUCGUAAAGUGCCUUCGAUCUUUAAGGCAGUGGAAAUUUAUCUUAAAUAGUGAAGACUCGCGAAAGUGACAUCGUUGCUGUGGGUGUACAGAAUAAACUGUGGUUGGUGGGAAAUGGGGUUCUCUAGGUUUCCGGUGCUCUUUUCGGUAACGUUGCUAAGGUUACGCAAUUUGUAGCUGUGUUAUGAGCGCAUCAACAGCCACUGGUUUGUAGAUAGUGAGGAACAUUUGAACAUUAAGUAACUGGUGGCAUGGAGUACACGUGGAGCCUUCCAGAGGACAGUGGUGGUGGCGGUAACACGGAUUCCACGGACAGGACGUCCAUCGCCGGCGGCCAGCGUCUAGUUAUCGACGCCCGGCGUCUUCCACAUCCUACGCCAGGCCGGGGAGACUUCGUGGGAGGCAUUGACAACGAGGCUUUGGACUUCAGUCAGUUGGAGGACUUCAUCAAUGACGACAAUGACGCAAGCAAUACGUACUUUGCUGACACAUUGGCACACAAUGAAGUACCCCGUCCACCACAGUCCAGUCACUCUGCCACCAACACACCAAAUGUACCACCACCACCACCACCACCACCUCCACCUCCACCUGCUGCAACCAUAGUGAAUGUUGUCGUGGAGCCGGGAGGGAGCCCCACUCAUCAUAUCACAAGUGUUAUCAACUCUAACAAGACAGUGCGGAUACCAGGAGGUGUGAUUGGUACGUCACUACCCUUCAAACCUGGUACUGCAGAUGGCUCCACAAACUACACACACCCACACAAUCUUCCAGAGAGUCCUCCAGAUUCAGGUUCUGAGCCACCAUAUUCACCACCUGACCCAGGUGUCCAUUCCCCACUUUUACUGCAGCAUCCUGCUGGCCAUCCACAUUCUCAUCAUAACCAUUCUCUGCCACAUCAUCAUUCCAAUAUGUACCAUCCAUCACAUCACAUCAACCUUGUGAAACCUCCUCCACCCACCCCUCCUCAUCACCAUGGUGGUCAUCCUCAACAACUCUUACCUGUGGGAGAGACGUUACUAGUACAACAUCCAGUUCUGACACCACUUCUCACGCAGCAGAACAGCAACGCUCAGAACAUUCCAUCCCCAAACAGUACAAAUCAACCCACGCAGGCUCAAACUCCAAUUAGUUUAAAUGUUACAGCCUCCUCUGCAGGGCCAAAUUUACAAAAUUUAGGUUUAGUGCCAAAUACGUCCACCUUGACACUGGCAGCAGCACAUGCAGGCCUUGCAAGUGAGCAUCAGUCUAGCAACAUCACAAUCUACUCAACUCUGCAAGGGGGCUCCAAGAAAAGAAAGUUGUCACAAGAUGGGGGAACUCCAGGAUCAGGAGUCAAUGGAAAUUCAAGUGGUGCCACUGGAGGUCAGCAACAGGGCCUGAACAGUAUGGUGCAUGUAAAACAAGAACCAGAACUGUCUCCAGACUCGAGUUCUAAUCAGACAGGAGUGCUGGAUGAUGACUAUGGAUUUGAGAUUCCUGGAGAAUCAGGAAUGUAUUUGGAUUCCAGUUACCAGUGCAUUCGUUUUCAACCAUUCCAGCAGACUUCAUGGCAUGUGCUUUGUGACCAGAACUUAAAAGAGCUCCCUGUUCCACACUACAGAGUAGAUGCAGACAAAGGAUUCAACUUCUCUAAUGCUGAUGAUGCUUUUGUUUGUCAGAAAAAGAACCAUUUCCAGAUCACAUGCCAUGCACAGCUUCAGGGUGAUGCACAGUUUGUCAAGACUGCUGAAGGCCUCAAGAAAAUUGCAAGCUUCCAUUUGCAUUUCUAUGGCGUUAAAGUGGAGUCCCCAACACAAACAAUCAAAGUGGAGCAAUCGCAAAGUGACCGCAGCAAGAAACCCUUUCAUCCUGUGCUUGUGGAUCUGCAAGGAGAACAGGUGACGAAGGUCACAGUUGGACGUUUACACUUUAGUGAAACAACAUCCAACAAUAUGCGUAAGAAAGGGAAACCAAACCCUGACCAGCGCUACUUCUAUCUGGUAGUGGGACUCCAUGCGCAUUGUGCAGACAGUAACAACUACCCCAUUGUAUCCCAUGCUUCUGAGCGUAUUAUUGUCAGGGCAUCAAACCCUGGCCAGUUUGAGAGUGAUGUAGAACUUUGCUGGCAAAAGGGCCAUACACCAGAAUCUAUCUUUCAUGCUGGUCGAGUAGGAAUCAACACAGAUCGACCUGAUGAAGCGAUGGUUAUUCAUGGUAACCUGAAGGUGACAGGUCAUAUUGUGCAGCCAAGUGACAGGCGGGCCAAGGAAAACAUACAAGAGUGUGACACUCGGGAACAGCUACGAAAUGUUCAGAAGCUGCGCGUGGUGCGGUACCGGUAUGCACCAGAAUUUGCUCUCCAUGCUGGACUGGCUGCCGACCCAAAUGUCACUGCUGAUACAGGUGUUAUUGCACAAGAUGUACAGAGGGUUCUGCCAGAGGCAGUGCAUGCUACAGGUGACAUAAUACUUCCAAAUGGCCGGCGAAUAAAUAACUUCUUAGUUGUAAACAAGGAGAGGAUCUUUAUGGAGAAUGUGGGAGCUGUAAAAGAACUAUGCAAGGUGACAGACAAUCUGGAGACUCGUAUUGAUGAACUUGAGAGAAUGAACCGAAAACUUGCCAAACUGAAGCGAAUUGACAGCCUCAAAUCCACAUCAUCAAGCAUUUCUAGUGUUGCAAGUAAACUUUCUGGAGCCACUCUCAAGCAUAGAAGAUGCAGUCGCUUAGAUGCAGAUGAUUUUAUGUGUUCCAACAAAUUUAUCCAAAUUACUAUAGUGAUUCUUGUACUCAUCAUGGCAUUCUGUUUGGUAGCAAUGGCCACUCUGUACUUCUUGGAAUUCCAGAAGAGAAAUAAACUAGACCAUGACAUUCCUCACAGCCAGCAUGUGGGACAAACAAGUCCCCAUGUUUCAACAGCACAAACGCUGACCUUCAAAUCAGUAUUUUCUUCUCAUCCUAACCUACCACCUAUGACUAGUACAAUGUCUCCUGCAUCCUUUCCAUUAAACAUAGCCUCUUCAAAACCUUCAGUGAAACAUUCAUAUUAUACUAAGGAUCUCAUGACCAGUUCUUGGUAUCAGACCAGAACUCCUCAAAGACUGACUAGUAUAUCUCCCAUUAGCAAUGACCCUGGGUUAUCUAGGAAAUCAGUUGGUCCCCACCACAUAAAUCUGAACAAUCCUUUAUCGACAACAAAAUCAGAGUACACGGUAUCCGAGGGUCCCUCAGACACAGAAAUGUUCUUGUCUCCUGCCUCAUUGAGAGGAAAUGGUGCUGCAAGAGCCUCUCCUCCCAUUCUUGGAAGGCCACAUGAAUGUUCCCAUUUGGUUGGGGGAUCUGGAAGCAAUGUGGGUGGCAGCAGUAACCUCCAUCACUAUUUUGACAAUGAAAGCCCAAUAUGUCAGACAUAUUGCUGCUCUCCUGACAUAUUUCACCUUGAGGAAAACCAGGAGCAUCAUGUGGAGUCAGCAACUGCUGCCACACGUCUUGCUGCUUCUGAAACUCGAUCUUCCAGGCAAUUCUCUCACCAUGGUGGAAGUUCAUUGAACCAACGUAUGACACCAGCAACUAAUGCACUAGAGGAACAUAGGAAGCCAGAAAAUAUGCAGCAAAAUAGCUACAGUGCUGCUCUUGAUCCUGUCAAUAACCAAGCACUGAUAGAGGAGCCAACUUCCUGGUUGAAACCUGAUAGACUAAAGAAUGCAGUAGACCUUCUUGUUCGUAGGCGAAGAGAUACAGAUGAAUGGAACUAUGGAGAGAAUGUCUAUAGUAAUGUUGACUCCUCUUCUGAUGUGGAUCAUGCAGGUGUGUCUGUGAGUGUGAAGGGGCGGCAUUUCAAUCAGACUUUGGGUUCCGAGUUCUGCUUGAUUCAGGAUGGACCAGAGUCUGUGCCCUGUAUUGACCGUACAGCAUUCAACUAUACAUACACAGUUCCCCUCAGCAGGUUUAUGCCUGAUGAAUCUCUUAUCCUCCAGUUCCAUUUUUCACACGUGGCACGAUCACAUUCAGCUGAGCUGUGUCAUUCACCUAUUGGCCCAUCUGUAUGUGUAUGGAGUCGUAGCAGUGAUAGCUGGCCCAGUGAUGAUGUGAAUUCGGGACUGCAAAACCAGCAGCAGGGAGAAAUGCAUUCUAAUGGUGUAUCAUUCUCAGUUGAUGUGGGAGCCUUUGCACGCAUGACUGUUCGUUACAGGGUGCCACUGGUACAGACUGUCACUAAUACAUGCUUUCUGCCUAAUGAUAAGCUUGGAAUUGACUACUUGGAGUACAAUUUCCAUUUCUACAGAGAUUGUGAUGAAUGAAAAGAAACUUAAGAAGGAUAAUCAGGAUGGGACCUCAGUACAGGAUUCACUAUGGCGAUUGUCUUGCUGUUUAACUGUGGUAAUUGGGAACAAAGUUAUUGCCAUAUAAUAAUUAUUUUCUAAUGUUUAGUGUGAUGCAUUUUUGAAGAAAUAAUUAACGUUCUGUGGAAUAAUUUAAUAUUUGAUUAAUCUGAGUUAUGAUUAAGUAGUAUCAUUCUCAGAUUAUAAGAAUAUGUAUCAAUGACAUAGGUAUAGAGUCCUGCAACAUAUGCAUUUUGUGAAUAAAGUUGAUUACAGCAUAAUGUUUGCAUUGAUAUCAAAUUAAAUGGGAAUCAUGCAUUUCACCGUCCAUGUAUAUACAAAUAACAUAAAAUUACAUCUGUUCAAAGCAAAUACAUAACUUGCACGUUACUUCCCACAACUGUUCUUGUUUCAUGUGUGUAUAUAGAAUUGUAAAUCAAAUGGUCAUGCUUGUUACUUUUUGCAGAAGAUGAGUCCUCAUCUCAAAGACUUUCAAUGGUAGCAUGCUGGUUAGUUAACAUAUUCACUUUAGUAACAAGUAGAUUAGAAAUGUGUAUUCUCUGGAGUACACAGACUUUACAAAGUGUUCUUAUGCCAUUGAUAUUGUUACAUUAAUGUUAUCUGAGGUUACUGAUGAACAACAAUGUUUUCCAACAAACCAUUUUGCACUAACGUGGUCUUAGGGCAUUGUCACAAAACUGUGUUGCAGAACUCCUGUUGCCAUUGUUGCACAGCAGUAUGUUUCAACAGUAGGACUGUGAUUCUAAUUGUUAUGCAACAUUGACCCAUGGACAGAUGUUCUAUAUGGACCCAUAAUGUGUUCUUUGUUUAUUACUAAAGUGUGAAGAACACCUAAUAAUUCUAUUGCUUGGGAGAAAAUGUGUUCAAAACCCUUAUGUAUAUCCAUCACAUACUCCACAUAGAAUAACAUGGAAAAUAACCAGGUCCAUCUGCCCCCUCUCUGGACUGCACAUUAUUUUUAGAAUAUUAAUGCAAUAUAUUGUGUUAUGAACAUAAAGAGAAUAUAAAUAAUUUAUAAAUGUAAUGUCAUCUAAUUGCAUUGUCCAAUAUAGAAGAUUGACUAUGAAGAAAUAAUUACAUUUUAAUAUAAAACAACUAAAUAUGUGUUUGCAAAUUGCAGGACUCAUAAGUUUCAGUGUUCACAGUCUCAUGACAUCUUAGAUUGUAAUGUCUGAAUCAAAUGAAUAGUGAAUUUUUCAACUACAUUUUAUAAUUUCAACUCUUGUACCAAGAUUAGAGAACUGACAUUGUUAGAGUUACAACUGUUUAGUUGUAUUUUUGUAAAAAUGGGCCUCAUAUUGCUUUUAUGUAUGAAAUUUUUGUUAUUUUAACUAUGCCGUUGAUACAAGAUUUAGCACUAGUAAAAUUAAAAGAAGAUAUUUAGCUGUACAUUAAAAACUCGUGAUUUAGACAAAAACUGUUUUAAUGGCUUCAUAUUGUCAUCACAUUUCUAUAAGCAAGCGCAAAUGAUUACUGUAAUGUAAAGCUUUCUGUGCUUAACAUUUUGAUUACAUUCAGUUCUGAGCAGUAAUUUAUUUUGAACAAUCUGUGAUCAAGAGCUCAUAAUUUGUAUACAGGACUAUGAAUAUUCCUUACUGUUGAUACAUUCAUAAUGUUUGAAUUUCCUACUUCAAACUUUUCACAUUCCAAAGAAACAUUGUGAUUUGCUUGUUUUAUCCCUCCAAAAGAAAUUCUGAUGUUUGUCUGGCAUUAAGAAAAUACUAUUGUUCAUAUGACAACAGUGUUGCAGGCAUAGCAGGACAGUGCAGAUAGUUCAGGUACAGAUUUUGAAACUGGCCUUUACAAUUUGGAUUGUAAUUUCCUGGGCUAUUAUGCUGUUGUAGUCUUGUAGGUGGUUACAUGUGGAAGACCAAAAUUUAAAGUUUCACUGCUAUGCAAACCUCAAAUCUCACAUGACUUCUGUGGUCUCAUCACCAUCCUAAGAUGGUAAAUUUGCUCUUAUGUGAUGAAAUGAAAUGGAUAACUUACCUGUACAAUUUACUGC